AUGUCAAACUCACAAGGACGCAAGAGACAACCCUCGACGGGCAACGCAAUCGCAGAAUCCGUCAAGAGACAAGUGAAAGAAGUUGGAGAUACCGCUCAAGAUGCUGUGAUCAGCGGUGCUUGGGGAUACCCACUCUAUGGAAUAUACUAUCUUAUCAGUCAUCCAGCCUUGAUCCGACCACUCCUUCCUACAUUGUUCAAGGGAGUCUUAGUAUCUGUCGGAGUAGUGGCUGCCUUGUUCAGCUUCACCUAUCUCCCUCAAGUAGCCAUUUUAGCGUUCGUUUCGGGACCUUUAGCUUUCGCUCUGGCUGUACCACUAGUACUGGGUGAAUCAUACGUAGUGAUCAACUUCCUCACUAGAGCGUUGCUUGUUAAUCAAGCUGGAGUGGACCUCUUCGAUGCUGUCUUACUGCAGAGAGGACAUUUGACUUUGGUAGAGCACGGAAGACAAGUCACUUCAGGUGGAAGUAGUGGGAAAUCAAAAGUUCUGGGAACUUUGUUGAUGAAACCUCUGUCCAGGUUCAGUACUGACAACGUCGUCAGAUAUGUUCUUACUCUACCUCUCAACUUGAUCCCUGUGGUUGGAACCGUCUUCUUCUUGGGAUUUAACGGAUUCAAAUCUGGACCGGGCUAUCAUGCAAGAUACUUCCAAUUGAAGGGAUAUGAUAAAGUCAAGAAGUCAGAAUUGAUCAAGAAGAGACGAGGAGCCUACACAGCUUUCGGUACGAUGGCUAUGGUCCUCAACCUUAUCCCAGGUCUUUCGAUCCUCUUUACAUUCACGAACGCAGUCGGUGCGGCUUUAUGGGCAUCUGAUCUUGAGAAGAAAGGUAAAACCACUGCUUCGGAUUUACACGAUGCGCGAAAGAACGGCAGAGAGGAUGAAGUUGAGGUUGUCCUGCCGAAUGCUGGUGAAACAAGUAGAAGGAAGGAUCUUUAA